GCCCCCUGCAGGGCUCAGGGACCAAGGAAGACUCGGAGAGGGAGCAAAGUAUGGUGGACACCAAGAAGGAGCUCUGCCCCUAUGCUGCAGUGGGGGAGUGCUGCUAUGGGGAGAACUGCGUGUAUCUGCAUGGAGACAUGUGUGACAUGUGCGGGCUGCAGGUCCUCCAUCCCGUGGAUGCCGCCCAGAG